AUGGCAGGACCUUCGGGAAUCCCAGCGGGACCCUCGGGAAUCACGGCGGGAGCCUCGGGAAUCCCGGGAAGACCUUCGGGAAUCCCGGUGGGAUCCUUGGGAAUCACGGGAAGACCUUCAGGAAUUCCGGCGGGAUACUCGGGAAGCCCGGCAGGACCUUCAGGAAUCCCAGCAGGAUCCUCUGGGAUCCUGGCAUGA